AUGUCGUGGCUGAGAUCUGCGGUGAACAAAGCCGUCGAAGUCGGUAACAAGAACAACAUCACUCGCACCGUCAAGAACUACGCCGACACCGUCGUUCAACAAGCCGGACAAGCCGUCGCCGAGGGUGCUAAAAUCCUUCAGGAUCGCAUUAGUGCUCGGAAUUAUAGAAGUGUUGCGCAGACCAUUAAACGGUUGGAAGAUGCUGCUAUCUCUUACAGGGGAGCUGAGAGAGUGCAGUUGCUUAGAAGAUGGGUGGUUGUGCUUCAAGAGAUUCAGAAGUUGUCUGAAGCGUCGUUGGCCGAAGGUAAAGAGAGGACUCUCGAGCAGCACCUUGCAGUUGAAGAAGCCAAGGAGAACCCAAGGAGACCAUCUCUGGUUCUUUACUAUGAUUCUGAUGUUGGGGGUGAACCAUUAAAUUUUCGUGAUGUUUUCCUUCAAAGUCAGGCAUUGGAGGGUAUAGCAUUAUCCAUGAUUAUUCAUGCUCCAAAUGAGGAAGAGGUUUCCCUUCUCCUGGAGAUGUUUGGGCUCUGUCUUACUGGAGGAAAAGAAGUUCAUAAUGCCAUAGUGAGCAGCCUGCAAGAUUUAGCAACAGCUUUUUCAAGCUAUGAAGAUGAAGUACUGGUGAAGCGAGAAGAAUUGCUUCAAUUUGCACAAGGUGCCAUAACAGGGUUGAAAAUCAAUUUUGAUGUUGCAAGGUCAGUGUGA